CAUUCAUUUCGUUUCAGAUAGAUAGAGACGGAAGAACAAACAAGAGGAAAUGCAGGUAUUCUCAAACGCGUUCCCUACUCCUCUCCUACUCCUUAUAGAUGCUUGAAAAACCACCCUUGCCUACUUGUGUGGUUUUCAAUUCCCCAGAAUUCAAACUCCCUAAUCUCGUUACUAAUGCAAAUUCAAGACUUGGGUUUUCCAAGUUCGGUUUCCUCACUCAGAAUUGUCGAAUAAAUAUAACCAGAGAUUCUAAUUCCUUUUGCAUUGAAACUGCGGAUGAUAAUGAUGAUAGUCAACAGGAAGGAGGAGAAGUUUUUAAUAUGGACUGGGAAGCAGAAUUCGUUAGAGAGCUUGACCCUUUGAGUUAUUUGCCCCCUAAGAAGAGAUUACAGCAACAGAAGUCUAAGUUGCUUCAACAAACUGAUGACAUGAUGGAUUGGUGUGUCAGGGCAAGGAAGAUCGCCCUCAAGUCUAUCGAAGCAAGGGGCUUAGCCCGUACCAUGGAGGAUUUGGAAACUGUUAACAAGAAGAAGAAAAAGAAGACCAAGAAAAAAGUGGCAAACAAAAACAAGACUGAUAAAUUUGACAAGGAAUUUGAAGACCACUUGGAAUUUGAUUCGGAGAAGGAUGAUUUUGGACUGGAUAAUGUAAUUUCUAUGGAUGAUACUACUCAUCUUAGGAGGAAAGUGAGUAGGAUUUCAGGUGGGAUGUUCAUAGAAAGGAAGAACGUAACGAUGGACGCCUUUGUCCAGAGGCUUUCUCAGUUAUCGGGGCCUUCUGAUCGUAGCAAAGAAAUUAGCCUGAACAAAGCCAUUGUGGAAGCACAGACUGCAGACAAAGUACUGGAGGUUACUGCAGAUAUAAUAAUGGCCGUUGGGAAGGGCCUGAGCCCUUCCCCUCUCUCCCCUUUGAACAUUGCCACUGCACUUCAUCGGAUUGCUAAGAGCAUGGAGAAGGUUUCGAUGAUCAGGACACUUAGGCUGACAUUUGCUCGUCAAAGAGAGAUGUCUAUGCUUGUGGGUCUUGCAAUGGUGGCGUUGCCGGAAUGCUCGGCUCAAGGUAUUUCGAAUAUUGCAUGGGCGUUAUCCAAGGUUGGAGGUCAGCUUCUCUAUGUCUCGGAAAUGGAUAGAGUGGCAGAGGUGGCCUUGACCAAGGUUGAUGAGUUCAAUUCGCAAAAUGUAGCUAAUUUAGCAGGUGCUUUCGCUUUUAUGCACCACUCCUCUCCAGAUCUCUUUUAUGAAUUAUCAAAGAGGGCAUCGAACAUAGUUCAUACUUUUAAGGUGCAAGAAAUUGCUCAGUUGCUGUGGGCUUUUGCUUCUCUGUAUGAGCCUGUGGACCCUUUCCUGGAAUCUCUAGAUACUAUUUUUAAGGAUGUAAACCCGUUGAAAGUCUGCUUACAUGAAGAAACAUCGAAACUCAGUGAAGAAAGAGGUGCAGGAACUAUUGGAGAAUCUGAGUUUGAAAGAGUUCUAGGACCUCCUUUGCUUUGUUUUAAUAGGGAUCAGCUUGGGAAUAUAUCCUGGUCUUAUGCUGUUCUUGGGCAAAUGAGUCGGAUUUUCUUUUCCCAUGUGUGGAAAACUCUCAGCCAUUUUGAGGAGCAACAAAUUUCAGAGCUGUAUAGGGAGGACAUCAUGUUUGCUUCUCAGGUUCAUCUCGUGAACCAAUGCCUGAAGCUUGAAUACCCCCAUCUACAGUUGUGUCUCAGGAGUGAUCUUGAGGAGAAAAUUGCUUCUGCUGGAAGAACGAAGAGGUUUAAUCAGAAAAUGACUUCUUCAUUUCAGAAGGAAGUGGCUCGUCUUCUUGUCAGCACUGGCCUUGAUUGGGUCCGAGAAUAUUCUGUGGAUGGGUACACGUUGGAUGCAGUCUUGGUUGAUCAAAAAGUUGGUCUGGAGAUUGAUGGGCCAACUCAUUUCUCGAGAAAUUCUGGUGGGUACCGUGGUGUUCUUUACUCUUGAACAUCGAAGUGUAUUAUGUACAGAGAUGUUCAUAUGGGUUCGGCCGAUAUGGUCAUCCCUAAUUUGCUAUCAAUUCAUAUUCUUAUGCUUCUCUAUAGGGGUCCCUUUGGGGCAUACAAUGUUGAAACACCGGUACAUUACUGCUGCUGGUUGGAAGUUGGUAUCUGUAUCUCAUCAA